AUGCCUUCGCUGGGUCUCGAGACUGUUUACCCAGCGCCUGGGAGCACACCGAGCCCACCUAAUACCCUCAGCAUCGUCUGUGUUCACGGAUUCGGCCGCAACCCGCUGCAGACAUGGUAUCACGAUGUCGCAGGCAAGACAUGGGUCGCUGAGACGGACUUCCUGGGCUCGCUUGCCGACAAUGCUCGUGUCAUGCUCUACACCUACAACGCUGAUCUGGCCGCCAACAUGAACGCAGCCAGCAUCGCCAUGCAUGCCACCGAACUCAUAGGCCUCAUCAACAGCUGCUGCAGCGACACCGGAGGAGGCCCGUUCAUAUUCGUAGCCCAUGGCUUUGGUGGGCUCAUCAUCAAAAAGGUGGUCUGGAUGUGCAUUCCCAUGUCAUUCGCGGUUACUGACAAGCCCCCAGGCUCUUGCGCUAUAGAACUUGAGAUCGUCAACUUUACUGAAGGUAUUACGACCAACAUCGCCCCCGAUGACGAGCCCGCCUACAUGACAAAUGUCAUCCCAAAAGCCAGUUCUGCCCUGGGAAUGGGCCAAGCGCGCGCAAGUGAUUCUUCAAGUAGCAGUCAGGAAUCCUUGACCCGGUCCCAGAGAAGGCUUGUCAACGAGCAACGCCUCACAUUCAUGACCUGGCUGAAAGGCUGGACAGAGGACAAUCUUGGCAAUCAUAUUGCCCCAGCGCUGCGAACCAGGCACUGGUUCUUGUUCAACAUUGCGUUCAAGAACUGGAUGAGUUCUCCCUCUUCCAGUGCCUUGUUCAUCACAGGGGAGACUGGCACAGGCAAAACGUAUGUCGCGAAGACCAUUGUCAACCACCUGAUUACUGCUCAACCUCCAGAAAAUCCGACGAUGGCCUUUUUUUGCAGCACCCAUACGAGCCAUGCAACACAACCCGCCAUUCUGGAUUACUUCAUCUACGACCUUUUGUGCCGUAAACCGGAAUGGUUCGAUGGCGUACCUCCCAGGUACGGAAAUCGCCAACCCCCAGGUUCUCGAUUUUCUCACGAUACCCUGUUUGAUAUUCUGCGUGGUAUCAAGAGCACAAAGCUUUCGAUGAACACCGUUUACUUCAUCGUUGAUGGCCUCGACCUAUGCGAGCCGUCUUUCGUGGAACAAUUCGUACAGCAAAUUAGCAGUCUCAUCGGAAAACUUAUCAUUGAAGGAAUCGACCAGACACCACUUCCAGGUCAAGUCGAACCGCCUAGGCCACGUUUCAAGUUUCUGCUUACCAUGAAUCCCAAUCGUGUACCUCGCCAGACAUCAGGAUUUCGACAUGUCCAACUCGCGCCAGCUGUCGUUAAGGCAAACAUAGCAGAAUACGUUGAUGAGUUUUUUGAGCGCUUCACUGGCAUCAUCCCAUCACAAAUAAUCCGCAAAAAAAGAAAUUGGGUCAAAGAUGAGUCGGAUAACUUCUUCGUCGCCGCAGCUAGUCAUUGUGCAGAACUUGAACGGGCAGAAGACUGCAGGCGCGGGGGUUUCGAAUCAUACGACGACAUCUGUCCUCCGCCAAUCUCUCAAUACUAUGAUCACGAGCUUUUCCCAAUUCUACAGGACACAAGCAGCAAUAACUACGCUCUGCUUCUACUGAUGCUCCAUAUUAGCGCUCUCGGCCCGCUCAAUAUGACAGAGAUGCUAGAUGCGAUAUCGUGUCUCUAUGAUGACUCGGAUGUCAAGGACAUGACUCCAUGGUCGUUGCUUGGAGGCUGGAUCUCUCGAAUCGUGCCCUGUCAUGGCCUCGGGUUCAGACCUAUUCACAGAAGCUUGAUUACUUACAUUGAAAGAUUUGUUACUCGACAAGAACAACACGCAAAUAUGGCCGCCAUCUGUCUAAGAUAUCUAUCGCGCCCAGAGUUCAAUUCGCCAUUCUCUAUCUAUGAUAGACCACGACCAGAAGCACAAGCCUUCCUCAACACCAAGUACCCAUUUUACUCCUACGCCGCGACACGGUGGGCGCGGCACAUUGCACGAUCCGAGACAAAGGGCCUCAAACUGUUAUCGAAGCUUCAAGACUUCGUAUCUGACCGAUCUCAAACCUUCCAGACCUGGUGCCACUAUAAAGCAUGGUCAGAAAAUGAGAGCGAAUCAUGCGCCGGCCAUCGUGUGCCGCCUUGCAUUGAGAUGGCAAAAGAAGACGCGCGAAUCAUGGUCCGGCAUUUUCUGUCAUCAGUACAGACACAAACCGUUCUUGAUAAGAUAAUGGACCGCAUGCUACUCUUCGGCAUGAUAGGCCUGCCAAAGAACAUUUUGGAGUUUGCCAUCCCAACAUCUAAGAAGAGGUUCUCGACGACGGAUGACCUUCAAGACUACCACGGUCUCAACAUGUUGCACCAUGCCUGCCGCGAGGGGCACAUCCAAAUGGUAGAGCUAGUCCUCGAGUGUACCCAAGACAUCAACAGACGAGCCAGGGGUACUGGAGAAACAGCGCUACUUAUUGCUUGUCAGGGCAGUCACAGAACCCUGGCAGCGGACAACGAUAGUCGCUCCCUCGAAAUAGCCGACAUACUCCUACAGGCUGGUGCUAAUCCGAACAUUCCAUCAUACACAGGAAAUACCUGCCUGCACAAUGCAGGAAGAUCGAAUCAUCCGCGCUUGGUUCAAAAGCUGUUGCAGUAUGGCGCGUUACCAAACGUUUCAGAUGUCGAAGGAAUCACUGUCCUCGAAUCUGCAGCUGUCUUAGGUGCGGAUCUGAAAGCAGUCGAGUUGCUCAUUGAUGCAGGGGCCGAUACCAGCGUGUGGUGUCAAGACAAGCGGAGCCCGAUAUCAAAUGCGAUCGUCAGGAAAGAUUUUGACAUGUUCAAAAUUCUUCUUCGUGGUAUAAGCGACAUUAAUAUGAUCGACGGUAACGGCGUUGGCAUUUUGCACCAUCAGCUGAUAUUGGAGCGCCCUGAGUGGCUGGCUUGUCUCCUCGAGAGACCUGGUGUCAACCUCGACCUGAUGCCGCUGAAGGAUGGCGAAUUGGGUAUACCCCCUCUAGCGUUCGCGGCCGGACAUGGUUACUCUACUUCUGCUGAGAUGUUGCUUGCUGCCGGCGCGACACCAGGAUAUGUCCCUGGCCAGGCGGAACUCCUCCCGCUUCAUUACGCUAUUCAGGCUGAGGGCGCGGGAGACGCACGCAUGACGCGACUUCUUCUUGAGUACGGCGCCCCGUUGAACACGCUUGAGAUACAUGCGGGUUGGGGUAGAAGGUCCGCUCUGUCGAGAGCUGUCUCAACUAAAAGUGAGAGCAUUGUGCGGAUGCUUCUUGACUAUGGCGCAGACCCAACAAUGGAAGAGGGUUGUGGCGACCGAGGACCACUCCAUCUCGCUGUCAAGAGGAAUUGCCCCGCCAUCGUCCGCAUGCUCAUGGAGCAUCCGCUACCGCCGGACCCCAACUAUGUUCCCGAAAACGGUGUCCAUGUGCUCAUUCAGGCAGUUCAACCCGGAAAUGGUGCUGAAAUGACGAAACUCCUAUUAGAAUAUGGCGCAGAUACCCAAAUUUUCCAUCGUCCGGCUCAGGCGGAGAGCCCACUACAUUAUGCUGCUGGUGACGGUAUGGCUGAUGUCUGUCAGGCGUUGUUAGACCACGACCCGGCAAUGAUCAACCUACAGGAUGACGGCAGUCUUUUAAUCGACACACCACUACACCGGGCUGCGAGGGCUGCGAAGCCGCAGGAAACUAUUGCUUGUCUCUUGGCAGCUGGAGCUCGACCUGAGGCACAAGCGUACUUGUUCAUGGAUAUUCCACUCCACCAAGCCUGCCAAAAGGCCAAUCUGGAGGCGGUCAAAGUCCUGCACGCUGCGGCACCAGAGCUGAUCAAUAGCCAAGACUUCGUCGGCCAUACGCCACUUAUCGACGCCUGUCGUGAGGGUGCAGUGGCGGUUGUAGAGUUUCUGCUACACAACGGCGCUGAUAUUGGCCAGCGAGACCAUCUGGGCCACUCAUGCAUUUCACGGGUUGUCGACCAAGAACCAGGGAUUGCGCUCCGGCUAAUCCGCUUGCUGCUCAAUCACGGGCUUGGUAUCAACGAUGUUGUGGCCUGUGAUGGUUUCACGGUUCUUGCCGAGGCGUGUGUCGUUCAGAAUAUGCCUCUCGUGGAGUAUCUCCUUGAAAAGGGGGCAGAUCCCAUACGCUGCCAGCGUGGACCUGACGGCACCUCUUGGAGGACAGCAGUGCAUCUUGUCAUGCAGAGACGUAAGCCGAAAGCUUUAGAUGUUCUGCUCGAGCGGCAAGACGUCCGGGACCACAUGAAAGCACUUGAUUGGGCGGGGAGGACUGUCCUUCAUUGCAGUUUACGGCAUCCCACCACGCAGUCAAUGGUCAGCAAGCUUUACUGGGCCUCUGGUGCAGUGGAAGCCAGUGACUUCUUCACGGACCUUAUAAACGUGAGAGACCGGUUUGGACUGAAACCAUUCGACUACACACACCCUUGUGUACGCAAGAACCCAGCUCCAGGCACAAUACGUUGGCUUGAUCGCACAAUUCAUGCGUCCAUCUUAAAGGUGGUUUACACACACAGGACUCUGCGAGACCACCAGGCUGCGAUGCUCGAUAUGAUCGACCUGCUGUUAUUUCGUGGAGGUUACGACAAGCAUACCAUCACUCUGUUCCAUCGACUGGCCUUACGAGUUGAUAUUGUGGAGAAAGACGACAAGUACGAGAAAAACACAUACUAUGGUUGGACUUGUGACUGCUGCGAUAAGGUUAUGAGUGUCGCAGCGAAACAUUGCAUGAAGGUUUGUCGCGUUUGCCAGGUCAGCUUGUGCGACGACCCUGAAUGCUGGGAUGUGUGGGAGCCACAGGUUCAUGCAUGGAUCACGGUUCCUUUCAUUCAAGAUACGGACCUAAAUUCAAGAGAGAUGCAACAGACGCUCGAGGAUCUUCUCUAUGCCUUUGACCCCGCACAAGAUGAAAAGAGGUCUGAGGCACGCGUCACGACCGAGGUUGGGCUGCCCAGUGACCCGGAGUCCGACACUACAACUCUCUCACUUGCGGUCCUCCACGCUUUCGGACUUCUCGAAAUCCCACGCAAAGCUUGGAGUCCAUUCUUGCCAAUACCGCCACGGCUAUUCGCCCGUCUGGCAAGCUGGGACUGGAUGCUUUUGCCAACAAGAAAACGUUUCGAACAGGGUGUUUGGGCAGCUGAGCUUAAGCCUCACAGACUGAAGCUGGAACUGGAUUAUUUCUUGACAUCAGGCCGGAGAAUUUCCUUGCCCAACGAGAAGCUUACACUCUCGCAAGCAGUUUUGGAAAGUCUUGCGACAUUAUUUGAAGCACAGGGCAUGCCUGAAAGAGCCCGCCAGCGUCCACGCAAACGCUACACGCCGAGGCAUCAGCUAUCACCAGACAUGGGCCCGCCUCCACCUCCACUGAUACACCCGCGCCUACAAACUCAUGAACCAAUCUCACGAUGGGCUUCGCCGUUGCCGGUGACCCUGACGCCGACAUCACCCCGUUCAGUGCGCUCAUUCUCAUCGGUGUCGUCCUUCGCAAGGGACUAG